UCAUUUUGAGGCUGGGAUGACCUGAGGAAAUGGCAGCUGUGACUUUCAGAGUUCCUUUGAGGGAUACAAGGACAUCAGUCGGGCUCAGUGUCCAGACCCUGGGAGGCACUCAUUAGAAAUGGUUCCCUCUGCCCUAGGACUCCUAGUGAGAGAUGUCAAGCAUAUGACUGUAAGUAGCAACAGCAUGAAUUAGAACAUUUACUGGGCUACACUGAGUUCUCAGCCCGAGGUUGGGGGACCUUGGGAGGACUGAGUAGGGGGAGGUGUUCGUGCAAGGAGACAGGAAGUCAGGAAACAGCACCGGAAGAAAGUCCUGAGUUGGAAAGCCUGAGUCCUUGUGUGCCUACUUCUAGGUGGGCUCUAUUGUGAAUACCCACCCCACUCUGCCUUCUCCUUCAUUCUGGGGUACCCAAGGCCCACCUCCCACCCCUGCAGCCUUCUGUCUACCGUCACUGGAGUGGAGCUCAACUGUGCUACCUUCUCCUUCCUGCCAUAACUUUUAAAGACUCUUAAAUUGCUGCCAUGACCACUUCCUCACGCCAGCUCCUGCCUUGGGCCUCUGCCCGAGUUGUCUGUGACCUGCAUGUGCCUGUCUGACCUGUACUUAUGGUGCUGUGCGUACAAAGUACUGUGAUCUCCUUGUCUCCAACCUUUCUGAUGUUGCAUGGAAAACUGCUGGAUUGGGGCAGUGGGAGGGGGAAGGAAAACAUCUCCUGACAUCAUGACUUCUGGUUGGUGAUAGGGCCUCACUUUGGAGUCUUGCCAUUGUAGAAACAAAAUGCUGGUACUUGCUUUGGGUCUUGGCUGGGGGUGGGAAUAGGGAUGUAAGGAAAAUUAUGUCCCAUUCCACAGUUAUAGAAACUUGGCUGCAUCCCUGGAUUGUUCUCUCCUGGUUGGGGCUCCCAUCUCGUCUCAGACCCCUAAAUAGAGAAGAGCAUGAAACUGCAACCUUACUCUGUGGAGAGGUUCUGGUUGCACCUGACCUGAUUGUGAGCUGGGGCUUUGGCAGCUGCCUAGGGAAACACGGCAAAGCCCAGCCUAGGCUGCUCAUGGUGGGCUACAGAACCUUCUCUGCUCAUGGUGGACAGUGUCAGUCAAGUAGUCAGGCGCCCCUCUUGCUGUCACUCUGUAUGGAGCAGGGAGCUGGCUCCAGAGUACACACUGAACUUAGGGAGAGUGGAGGAGAACUCAGAUGUCUCUGCAGAGUGUCCAGAGGCAGGCUUUACCCUGUCUACAACAAGGCACCAUUGGAAGAGGAGCCCAGCGCCAUCACUAGAGCUGCUGGGGCCCCGAUGGACUGUUCCCCAGGGUUUCUCUCUCACUCUGCUCAGAGCUGAAGCCCUGGAGGGGUGCUCCCAGUGUGUGCCUGAUGAUGAUGAGACUCUAAGUCUGGUAUCAGUGUGUGUUAAGAGAAGUGGUGUUGAAGGGGUUGUGGGAGGAAGAAAAUGUAGUAUAAGAGAAACUGAGGGAGCAGGGAGACUCUGUGUCCCUGUCCAGUGAAGCCCUGGCCUCAUAGGUGCCAUUUCUGGGGUGGCCCCUGCCCAUUUUUUGGGAGCAAACUCAGGUAACGGCAGUGGGUGGGGAGAGGCAGAUCCAGAACCCGUUCAUUGGCGGAGGAAGCGGGGUGGGCUCUGCGCAGGACUUUGUCCAGUCAUGAGGAGGAGGAGGAGGAGCCAGCAGAGCCCUGGGCGGUUGCUAGGUGACUGAGGAGCAGUGGCUCCACCCCCGAGGAGCAGAGGAGGGUGGGUGCAUGACGUCAGGUGGAGCUGGUGCUGCGGCCACUGAGGCUGCCAUCAGCCUAAGCUGGCGAACUGGGCCGGGCACCGCUCCGGUGCCUGCCGGAGCCUGGCCGUCUAGCUGAGCACCCGCAGGGGCCCGAGUCAGAGCGACAGCCGUUUGCAGGCUGGGAAACUGCCGGCCAGGAAGCUGAGGCUGCAUUGUUGGGAUUUGAUGCACUAAUCUCCUGUCUCCGCCGCCUUUCCCUCUGUUCGGUCUCUUUCCCUCCCUCCCUUCGUCUGUCUUUCCUCCCUGUGUUUGUCUAUCCUCCUCUGUCCCUCCUUCUCUUUCUUCUCCUUGCUUUCUUUGGUUUUCUGCAAUGAUGAGACAGGCACCGACAGCCCGAAAGACCACAACUCGGCGGCCCAAGCCCACCCGCCCAGCUAGUACCGGGGUGUCUGGGGCCAGUAGUUCCUUGGGUCCCUCUGGCUCAGCAUCAGCAGGUGAGCUGAGCAGCAGUGAGCCCAGCACCCCAGCUCAGACUCCGCUGGCAGCACCCAUCAUCCCAACACCGGCCCUCACUUCUCCUGGAACAGCACCCCCGCUUCCUUCCCCCUCCAAGGAAGAAGAGGGACUGAGGGCCCAGGUGCGGGACCUGGAGGAGAAAUUGGAGACCCUGCGCCUGAAACGGGCAGAAGACAAGGCAAAGCUAAAAGAGCUGGAGAAACACAAGAUCCAGCUAGAACAAGUGCAGGAAUGGAAGAGCAAAAUGCAGGAGCAGCAGGCGGACCUGCAGCGGCGCCUCAAGGAGGCACGGAAGGAAGCCAAGGAAGCUCUGGAGGCAAAGGAACGCUACAUGGAGGAGAUGGCUGACACUGCUGAUGCCAUCGAAAUGGCCACUCUGGACAAGGAGAUGGCUGAAGAGCGGGCUGAGUCUCUGCAGCAAGAGGUGGAGGCACUGAAGGAGCGUGUCGACGAGCUCACCACUGACUUGGAGAUCCUCAAGGCUGAGAUUGAAGAGAAGGGCUCGGAUGGGGCUGCGUCCAGCUAUCAGCUCAAGCAGCUAGAGGAGCAGAAUGCCCGCCUGAAGGAUGCCCUGGUGAGGAUGCGGGAUCUUUCCUCCUCUGAGAAGCAGGAGCAUGUGAAGCUCCAGAAGCUCAUGGAAAAGAAGAACCAAGAGCUGGAAGUGGUGCGGCAGCAGCGUGAGCGUCUGCAGGAGGAGCUGAGCCAGGCGGAGAGCACCAUCGAUGAGCUCAAGGAGCAGGUGGAUGCUGCUCUGGGCGCCGAGGAGAUGGUGGAGAUGCUGACAGACCGCAACCUGAAUCUGGAGGAGAAAGUGCGGGAGUUGAGGGAGACUGUGGGGGACUUGGAAGUGAUGAAUGAGAUGAACGAUGAGCUGCAGGAGAAUGCACGUGAGACAGAACUGGAGCUGCGGGAGCAGCUGGACAUGGCAGGCGCCCGAGUGCGUGAGGCCCAGAAGCGUGUGGAAGCAGCCCAGGAGACAGUUGCAGACUAUCAGCAGACCAUCAAGAAGUACCGCCAGCUGACUGCCCAUCUUCAGGAUGUGAAUCGGGAGCUGACCAACCAGCAGGAAGCAUCUGUGGAGAGGCAGCAGCAGCCACCUCCAGAGACUUUUGACUUCAAAAUCAAAUUUGCUGAGACCAAGGCCCAUGCCAAGGCAAUUGAGAUGGAACUAAGGCAGAUGGAGGUUGCCCAGGCGAAUCGGCACAUGUCCCUGCUGACAGCUUUCAUGCCAGACAGCUUCCUUCGGCCAGGUGGGGACCAUGACUGCGUCCUGGUACUGCUGCUUAUGCCUCGUCUCAUUUGCAAGGCAGAGCUGAUCCGGAAGCAGGCCCAGGAGAAGUUUGAACUGAGUGAGAACUGUUCAGAGCGGCCUGGGCUGCGUGGAGCUGCUGGGGAGCAGCUGAGCUUUGCUGCCGGGCUGGUGUACUCACUGAGUCUUCUGCAGGCUACACUACACCGCUAUGAGCAUGCCCUCUCUCAGUGCAGCGUGGAUGUGUAUAAGAAGGUGGGCAGCCUCUACCCUGAGAUGAGUGCCCAUGAGCGCUCCUUGGACUUCCUCAUUGAGCUGCUACAUAAGGAUCAGCUGGAUGAAACUGUCAACGUGGAGCCUCUCACCAAGGCCAUCAAGUACUACCAGCAUCUGUACAGCAUCCAUCUUGCUGAGCAGCCUGAGGACUGUACCCUACAGCUGGCUGACCACAUCAAGUUCACCCAGAGCGCCCUUGACUGCAUGAGCGUGGAGGUAGGACGGCUGCGUGCCUUCCUGCAGAGUGGACAGGAGGCUACAGAUAUCGCCCUCCUGCUCCGGGACCUGGAGACAUCGUGCAGUGACAUCCGACAGUUCUGCAAGAAGAUCCGAAGGCGAAUGCCGGGGACUGAUGCUCCUGGGAUCCCAGCUGCGCUGGCCUUUGGACCACAGGUGUCCGACACACUCCUGGACUGCAGGAAACACUUGACGUGGGUGGUAGCUGUGUUGCAGGAGGUGGCAGCUGCUGCUGCCCAGCUCAUUGCCCCGUUGGCGGAAAAUGAGGGGCUGCUGGUGGCUGCCCUGGAGGAACUGGCUUUCAAAGCAAGCGAGCAGAUCUAUGGGAGCCCCUCCAGCAGUCCUUAUGAGUGCCUGCGCCAGUCGUGCAACAUCCUCAUCAGUACCAUGAAUAAGCUGGCCACAGCCAUGCAGGAGGGCGAGUAUGACGCAGAGCGGCCCCCCAGCAAGCCUCCCCCGGUUGAGCUGCGGGCUGCAGCCCUUCGUGCAGAGAUCACAGAUGCCGAAGGCCUGGGUUUGAAGCUCGAGGAUCGAGAGACUGUUAUCAAGGAGUUGAAGAAGUCACUCAAGAUUAAGGGGGAGGAGCUGAGUGAGGCCAAUGUGCGGCUGAGCCUCUUGGAGAAGAAAUUGGACAGUGCUGCCAAGGAUGCAGACGAGCGCAUCGAGAAAGUCCAGACUCGGCUGGAGGAGACCCAGGCGCUGCUGCGGAAGAAGGAGAAAGACUUUGAGGAGACAAUGGAUGCACUCCAGGCUGACAUCGACCAGCUGGAGGCAGAAAAGGCAGAGCUAAAGCAGCGGCUAAACAGCCAGUCCAAGCGCACAAUCGAGGGGCUCCGGGGGCCUCCGCCCUCAGGCAUUGCUACCCUGGUGUCUGGUAUUGCUGGUGGGGGCGCCCCUGGGCAGGUUCCAGGAUCCAUGCCAGGCCCUGGGCUGGUGAAAGACUCACCACUGCUGCUUCAGCAGAUCUCUGCCAUGAGGCUGCACAUCUCUCAGCUCCAGCAUGAGAACAGCAUCCUCAAGGGAGCCCAGAUGAAGGCAUCUUUGGCAGCCCUUCCCCCUCUACAUGUUGCAAAGCUGUCGCUUCCGCCCCAUGAGGGCCCCAGCAGCGAGCUGGCAUCUGGGGCGCUGUAUCGUAAGACCAGCCAGCUGCUAGAGACGUUGAAUCAGCUGAGCACACACACCCACGUAGUGGAUAUCACUCGUGCCAGCCCUGCUGCAAAGAGCCCAUCAGCCCAGCUUAUGGAGCAAGUGGCUCAGCUCAAGUCUCUGAGUGACACCAUUGAGAAACUCAAGGAUGAAGUCCUCAAGGAGACAGUGUCCCAGCGCCCUGGAGCCACUGUGCCCACUGCCUUUGCCACCUUCCCUUCAUCAGCCUUCCUCAGGGCCAAGGAAGAGCAGCAAGAUGACACAGUCUACAUGGGCAAAGUGACCUUCUCCUGUGCGGCUGGCCUUGGACAGCGACACCGGCUGGUGCUGACACAGGAGCAGCUGCACCAACUUCAUGGGCGCCUCAUCUCCUAAGCACUCCUUGCCCCACUGUCCCCUUCAACCCUCAGCACCCUGGUGCUGCUCUGCCCGAUGCACAGCCACUUCAGCCAACCCCCAGGUAGAACCAUGUGGGUUAAGCUACUCCUGCCCCAUUCAACCCCACUCGUGUCCUAUCCCCACCCUUUGACCUGGGUUUUUUCCUGUUCUCGUUCCUUGACCUCUGUGGUAAUUCGCUGUUUGGCUGCUCCCUCCUUCCUGAGGGGCCUCAGGGCGUGUGGGGGGUAGGCUGAGACCCCACCACCAAAGGUUGAGUGAGGUCCCCCUGACUGAGGACUUCACCCCUUGAUUAAAGCAACUUCUGCUUCAGA